AUGUCAUGCAAUACAUCGACUGUUUCAAAGAAGUACGCGGGGCUAGCCUGUUCUAGGUUACCAUUCAGUACUUCGACCCACAACUACUUCGGAACUGGGCAUUGUGCCAAUUCUAUAUAUACAACGGCCUCCAGGGCCGGUCAUAAAGACCUGACAAGUGUGGCACAACGAGACGUACGGUACCGUGUGCGCUGGAGCUUCGGAGCGCGGGGAAGAGCUGGAAGAGCGCGACUUCUAAGAGCAUAG